GGGGGGAGCAUUUGGAUGUGAGAUUACUCCAAAAAUAUCUAGAUCUGCUGGAUGAUUGAGCUCCAGGGGGAGAGGAGGGGGGAGUCACUGGACCUUUGAACAUUUGUUGCAGAGUUUUUUUUUUUUUUGGUUUUUUUUUUUCGUUUAAAAAAAAUCUCUCCUCUCUACCUGCGGACAGAGGAGGAUAAAGGGAGAUCGGGAGUAGAAGGAACACCAGGUUGACGCUGCUGUUCGGGGGGGUUGGGGGUGGGAGAGUAAAAAUGCUGCCUUCGCAAGAAACCUCCAAAAUCUACCAUGACAACUACAUGCGCAACUCUAGGGCCAUCGGGGUCCUGUGGGCCAUUUUCACUAUCUGCUUGGCCAUCAUCAACGUGGUGGUCUUCAUCCAGCCCUACUGGAUCGGUGACAGCGUCAGCACCCCCCAGGCCGGAUACUUCGGCUUGUUCCACUACUGCAUGGGCAACGGGAACUCCAACCGGGAGCUCUUGUGCCAGGGCAGCUUCUCCGACUUCAACUCCAUCCCAUCGGGAGCCUUCAAGGCAGCGUCCUUCUUCGUGCUCAUGUCCAUGGUGCUCAUCCUGGGCUGCAUCACCUGCUUCGCCCUCUUCUUCUUCUGCAACACCGCCACGGUCUACAAGACGUGCGCCUGGAUGCAGCUGCUGUGCGCCGUGUGUCUGGUGCUCGGCUGUGUAAUCUUCCCGAACGGCUGGGACUCCGAGGUGAUCCGGGACAUGUGUGGAGAGGACACAGGGAGGUACGCCCUGGGCAACUGCUCGGUGCGCUGGGCCUACAUCCUGGCUAUCAUUGGCAUCCUGGAUGCCCUCAUCCUCUCCUUCUUAGCCUUCGUGCUCGGCAACCGGCAGAGCGACUUCCUGCAGGAGGAGCUGAAGGCCGACAACAAAGAUUUUGCUGUGUCAAGGAUUGAAAUCCGGGACACCAAAGACCCAAGAUUUGGAGUCCAGCGGUUCCACUGA